GGAAGUGCUAUCAUGGGCCGGAUUGUGGGGGGCACAAAUGCACAGGAUGGGCAGUGGCCUUGGCAAGUCAGCCUGAAUUUUCAGGGUGUUCAUGUGUGUGGCGGCUCCCUCAUUUCCCCCCAGUGGGUGAUCACUGCAGCGCACUGCUUCCCACCGGAAAACCCCAUCGCCGGCUAUGAGGUGACGCUGGGAGCCUUCCAGCUGACCAGCCCCUCAGCUGACAUCAAGGUGGUUGGGGUGGAGCAGGCCAUCAAGAACCCCGGCUACACGGAUGAGGACUCCGGCGGGGACCUUGCGCUGGUGAAAUUGAAAGAGUCCGUCACCUAUACGCGUAGCAUUCGCCCCAUCUGCCUGCCGUCCGCUUCCGUCAGCUUCCCCAGCGGCAUGACCUGCACUGUGACUGGCUGGGGGAAUGUGCUUACCUCUGUCAGCCUGCCCAAUCCCAAGACCCUGCAGCAGCUGGAGGUGCCAGUGAUUGGGCUGGAGACCUGCCGCUGCCUCUACAAGAUCAACCCCAACCCAGCGGAUCCCCACGUGAUCCAGGACGACAUGAUGUGUGCGGGCUACACUGAGGGCAAGAAGGACGCCUGCCAGGGUGACUCCGGGGGACCCCUCUCCUGCCGUGUGGGCAAUGCCUGGCUGUUAGCUGGGGUGGUGAGCUGGGGGGACGCGUGCGGGUCCCCCAACCGGCCUGGCGUCUACACCCGCACCUCGGCCCACACAGCCUGGAUUAAACAGAUCAUCCCGGCGGUGGAGAUGAGCGACGUGCGCGUGAAUCAGGAGCCAGUCUCGGAGGAGGGGCUGUGUCCCAACACCACCAGUCGGCCUGGCCCCUAUGACGGCGUCCAGCCCCAUCCCGACUGGCCCCGGCCAAUCUCCCCCAACCAGCCGUCGGACCACGCUACCUCCCACAUCCUCACUGCCAGCCUGCUGUUCUUCUGCCUGCUACUUCACGUACUCCCUGCCCUAUAG